UCACCCUAGUUCUUUUCUUCUUCUCUUCUUCUGUACUACUUGUACACAGAGCAGUAGCUGAAAUUUUUGGGUGUGGGUUGUUUUGUUGCAUGGAUGGAUCCCUCACAACAUCAGGAGAUGUCUAAUCCUUCUUUGGAAAGCAUGCUGGUUUGCUCAAAAGCACAACAAGAGAGAAAGCCAAGGCCACAACCAGAACAAGCUCUCAAGUGUCCAAGAUGUGACUCCACCAACACCAAAUUCUGUUACUACAACAAUUACAGCCUCACCCAGCCAAGGUAUUUCUGCAAGGCGUGCAGGAGGUACUGGACCAAAGGAGGCACACUGAGAAAUGUGCCGGUGGGAGGCGGGUGCAGGAAGAACAAACGAUCAUCUUCGUCUUCAUCAAAGAGGACCCAGGAUCAGCAGCAGCUCAACUCCAGCACCAACCCACUGACUGGAAUCCCUACUUUGGGUUAUGACUCGGCUGAUCACCUCAGUCUUGCAUUUGCUAGGCUUCACAAAUCCAGUGGGCAAUUAGGGUUUGAUGAGCAUGAAAUUUCCCUUAUGGGAAACCCAAGCAGCACCCAUUGUAACAUGAUCCUUGGUAACCCUACCAUGAACAGUUGUGCUGGUGCCACUACUUUUCUUGACACACUAAGGAGUGGCUUUCUUGGACCCCAGAACAGUUUUCCUAAUUUUUAUUAUGGGUUUGGAAAUGGGAACAUGGCAGGAGAGGUGGAUAAUUGUGGCGUGGGCGUUGGUGGAGAAAUGGUGUCGCCAUAUGAUCAUCAUCAGGACAUGAGCAACAGCACUACUGCAACAACAACAGCUGUGACAGUCACAACAAUGAAGCAAGAAUUCUGCAAUGAGGCCAGAGAUAAUACUGCUGAUCAGAGCAGGGUCUUGUGGGGUUUCCCAUGGCAGCUCAAUGGAGAUGGCAGUAACAUGGGUGAGCUUGAUAAUUCAGGGCGAGAAAGCUGGAAUGGACUCAACUCUUCUUGGCAUGGACUGCUUAAUAGCCCUCUAAUGUAGACAAAUGGGAGCCCGUCUUUCCAUGUAUCUCUCUUGAACCAAAAACUAUAGUCUCUACCCUACUCAUCUCAUGUAUCAAACCCCAUAUAAUAUCUCAGCUUUAAUCCCUCUUUGGAGAGUUUUGUGUUAGGGAGAUAUAUAUGAUUCAAGCAUGAAUCAUGCAUCCUUAGAUAUUUCCAUUUGUUUUUUCCUUAGUAAUUUAUUGGUUGAUAAACUAAUUAAUGAUAU